GCUGGACGGGACUCGAGAGCUGAGGCAAUAAAGCGGGGUGCCCAGGCUGGUGGGGCCUUAUAGUUGCACUGGGACAAGCCCCAGAAACCCAUCAACGCACGGCAGCGGAUAAAGAAGGGCUCUCACCACGCGGCACCCGAAGAUGCUCUUUAUUCCCUGUCCGUACCCCACUCCCUCUUGCCAGCCCUCAUUCCGCUGGCUUCCCCGUCUGUUUUCGUCCCUUUGAUAGCGGUUCCUUCGUGCUGUUUCUUUAUUUAUUUUCCAUUCCUACAAAGGGUUUCGCCCUCCGCGUUUCCAAGCAGCCCGCGUCUAGCACCUCUCGACGACUCCUGCUUCGCAUUCACUGCCGUCGUUUUGCCGGCCCCAUCUUAUUCUUACCUGGUUCCCUAUAUGAAACCCAAGGCCCUAGAAACUCGAUUUCUCAGCGUCGAAACGUUUGGCACACCUCGACAGUCUGCUAUUUUUAUCUGAGAGUAGCGUGCCAUCACAGUCUGGGGCACCCCAUGGCUUGCCGUCAGUCGCGUGCUUGCGUGGCCCGGCUGGACUUCCACCACUGAGCAGGAUUGCGAAACUCUUGGCCUGGCUCGAUUUUCGCCCCUCGAGGGGCGGUCCCAUGGCAAAGCCGGGGCACGGGCUGGCGUGUCUGACCUGGGUUCGCAGAGGCCGAUGGGGCCAAUCGCCGCUCGAUCAACCCCUGGCUCCUCUCAGCCGUCAAUUCGCCUCGACCUGCCUGCAUGCAUGUUUCGAGCUAGGGACUCUCCAGGCACAAAUCGGCAGAUGCGACGGGAAACCCAACCCGUCCACCCAACUGAAAGAAGCAAGUAAAGUGGGGUAAAUGUCUCUGGUCUGAUUGGCUGCUCCCGGCAUUUGUGGCCAAUGAUUGGCUACAUUUUUUAAAGUGUGCUGUUUUUUGUUUUCAGUUGGUGCCGUCCUGAAAAAAAGGGGCCGCCAACCGAUGUGACUAGGCGGAGGAGACACCGACGGCCCAAUGCUUAUUUCGUUCUCGCCUGCUUGCUUUUUUCCUUCCCUGGACUGUUCUUCCGCAUUAUCGGACACCACCAUUGCCCCGGCUCGGACAAGGUCCCAAAUGUCCAAAUGUCAAAUCCAAUAGUCCGGCGACGGGGACUCUCGGCUACAUGGCCUUUCGGAAAUCAGCCCUGCGGGGGAAUUUAGUUCGAGCCCAGCUUUUGCCUCUCCACGCCGUCGCGGGUUUCAAAACACUUCUCUCGCGUGCCCCUUCGCACCCUUGGCUUAGCUUGCCUGGCGCUAUAGUAUGCCGUCUCGACUUGCUCUUCUGGAAUACAAGCCCUUGCAAACUCUGAUCUGAACGCUGAUCCAUCCCGUCUUGUCUUUCCACGACGUCCGUCCCCUGCCCCUCUCUAGCGAUCGUCCGCCCGCCCACUCUGGCUCUGGGCAUCCAGCCACGAACACUAUUAAAGGCCCGGCGGCCACAUUGACCUUCCAGAUUGUGCCGCGACGCUGCGCCGGGAGACUGCCUUUCCCAGGCGCAUCCCCAGACACAGUAUCCCCAAGCCAGGUGCAUGGGAAAACCAUGGAUAUACCCCCUCGAGUCUAGUAACUCGGCCACUUGCCUCAACCGUCGGUCUGCCGCGGGUAUCAGCCGGCCAUGGCCCUGACCAUCAAGCAUCUCAAUGGUGAUGCUUCGUUUCUCCUCUCCUUCGAGCCUAUCCUCGCGCCGGGGCCGCGCGACCCCGCCAUCAUCGAUGCGUCGCCCUUCCGCAUCCUCAUAGAUCCGUGGAUCACCGGGCCCUCGACCGUGUUCCACUCUAAGAUCUCCAUAUCGAGGCACAAGAAUCCGGCCUGCGUUGCGUCCCUCCAGGAGCUUCCCGAGCCGGACCUCGUCGUCAUAUCGCAGCACAAGACGGACCAUUGUAACGAGGCAACCCUCCGCCAGCUGCCCGCAACCGGCACCAAGACCCUGAUCCUAGCCGAGCCGGCCGCGGCCCGCGUCAUCAAGUCCUGGAAGUACUUUGACCGCGAGAAGAUCCGGACCAUACCCAAAUGGGGAGACUCGAGCUUUUCGGCCAGGCAGUCCGUCGUCAGGAUACCCGUGCCGCCCUUGCUGGCCGGCGGUGAACCGGGCGAGGUGACGGUAGCUUUCAUCCCCCAACGCCGCGACAUAUCCGGGCUCCACAGCGCCGUUGGCAUCACGUACCGCCCUCCGGCCUCGUCUCUGUCCUCGUUGCCUCCUCAGCCGUCGGGCGCGUCCUUCAAGAGGAGCCUCCUCUUCCCUCGCUCCGCCAGCCCUGCUCCGACCGUCUCUUCAAUCCUUACGCCGCCCGAGACCCCGAGGUCGACCCGGUCCUACAUGAUCUCGCAGCCGCGCCAGCAGUCCGGCGCGGGCCGGGAUCCGCGCCACCCGGCCCUGCCACCGACGCCGACGUCGCCGGGCCUCUCGUUGCGGUCGCUGCGGUCUUCGCGCUCGGCGUCCUCGCUCCGCCUCUCGCGGCAGCUGUCCCUGCUCUCGACGGGCUCGGCGCCCCCGCGGUCCCUGUCGCUCCUGUACUCACCGCACGGCAUCUCGACGGCCUCGCUCUCGUCGUACGUCACGGGCCACCUCGCGCCCGAGGGCGCGCUCCCGCUGACGGCGCUGCUGCACUGCUUCGACGCCGUCAGCAACCCCUGGUGGCUCGGCGGCAACAUCUUGCUGGGCGCGCCCGCCGGCCUCGAGACGGCCACGGCCCUGCGCGCCCGUGCCUGGGUCUCGGCCCACGACGGCGAGAAGGAGCUGCGCGGCAUCGCGACGGCCCUACUCAAGACGAAGCGCUACCGCCGCGAGAACAUUGUCGAGGCCGCCGCCGACGAUGAUAGCGGCGGUGGUGGAGAUGCGCUUGCGCAUGCCGACGCGGAUGGGGGCGCUGGCGGCAGCGACGCGGCCAGCAGCCGGCUCUCCGUCGCGGGCAGCGAUGUCAGCACGAGGGCGAGGCCCACCGAGGUGCUGGCGCUCGGCAUCGGCGAGCAGGUCGUCAUCAGCAACGACGGCGUUUGGAACGCCGAGGCCGCGCCGCCGCCGCAGCCGCCGCUCCUGGAGGAGCCGGCUGAACCGACGUCGUGCUGCACCCCCGGCCUUGGCUGCCUGACAUUGAAUCCCGAGGCGGCACCCGUCGUCGGUGUUGGCGAUGCAGGCUUGGACGGGUUGGGCACCCGUUGAGCAUGACGGAGCGAGCUGUGGCACACUUAUGGAGCAUUGAGAUUCUACGGUACCCCUUCUUCUGUUUUAUCUUUUUCACCAUACAUCUUUGUAUUCUCCCACUUUUCUUUCGGCACGCUUCGUUCUCUUCUUCCUCUCCUUUGCCACUUUUAGGUUAGACAUUCUUCCUCUUCUUGCUUUUCCUUUGGCGUUCAGGAUUCCCCCCGCAACCAGGGGCUUUUAUGUAUAGCGAACAGUGUGUGACUCCCGGAUUUCGGGUCUAGAUGAUACCACUUGAGAAUUCGAACAAGACCCUCUGCACAGGGCAUGAAAGGUUGGAUCCUACAAGCAUGUUUUUUUUUACUCUCGCGGGGCGCGAAACAUGCGAAAGCGCCAGACCUUUCUUCAUGCUUGAAAUUCACCAGCAAUGUUACCCUCUGUAGAAAGGAUGGUGUCGAAUAAGCGCAGGGGACGGGGUAUCCCUUCAGUCUUUAACCUUCCUCUCUGCCUCUCUUCCUCCCGAUGUGUUAGACGUCUAGGUAGCGAAAGGCUCAAUGUAUCUUGCGUGGCCGAGAUCUUUUGCCGACGAAGCAAAGAAACCGCUAAUGCCAGCCGGGG